AUGGUCGCUCAAGUAGCAAAUGGUGUGGCUGAAGAGGUAAGAUCUGACCUUGCUCAGCUUUGGCAUGCAGCGGUGGAAGAGUACGAGGAGGCGACCGGGCAAAGCCUUCGAAUGGGAAGCUUUAAAAAUAUGGACGAUGUCAUGAAGGGCACUGAAGGCAUUUACAUGAAAUUUAAAGACUUUCGUGACGACACGUCCAAGGUGGCCAAAGUGCAGAGCGCGUUGAAGAAUAAUAUGUGGUUGAUACAGAAUAUUAUCCACAUCUUACAAAACCUUGGAAAUGCUGCAUCGGCCUUUCCGCCGGCUAUGCCAGCUAGCUUGAUCUUUACGGCCUUUGGACAAGUCAUGCAGUCCUUCGCCGACGCGUCUGCUGAUUACGAUAAAAUUAUGGGAUUUCUCGAUUUUACGUAUCGCUUUUUUGAUAGGCUCUCUAUGAUUGACCAGAAAAUGCCAAAUAUACCUCCGUUUCAACGUUGCGUCACACGUGUCUUCUCAAGCAUCCUGACGAUUUGCUCUGUUGCACAAAGAUAUGCCGCGGAAAAACGAAUCAAGAAAUGGUUCGAGAAUCUAAUGAAGGGAUCCGAUGGAGAACUGGUCGCAGCCAGUGCACAGAUGGAGGAGGCCGUGAAUGAGUUGAGUCAAGCUGUCGGCCUGGCUACGCUUAGGACCGUUGAUGCCGUGCGUGAGGUUCUUCAAAGCAUGAUUGGAAACGGCGAGUUCCUUGUCUCAAACGCCACUCUCAUAGACGAACGAACAGCGGCGAUACAAUGUAACACGGCCACUAUCAUCGAUCAGAACCAAAACCUUGCAUCCAAUCAGAAAAUGAUGACGGACAUGCAGCAAGAGACGCUACUAAAAAUGGGAGAGUAUUUUAGACAGGUCCAAAUUACCCCAAAACGACUAGAGUUACCACCGGAGCCUAUAUCCACAAUGCCGUUUAACCGUGAUCCAGAAUUUAUUGAUCGUGGAACACUCCUUGAGGAAAUCAAUGAGAGGCUGUCUAAUUUGUCUUCUGACCCAAAAUACCCAAAUUCGAGAUCAAGAAUAGCUUUGGUUGGUCUUGGUGGCGUUGGAAAGUCCCAGCUAGCCAUUGAAUGUUCUUACCGAAUCCGCGAACAAUCACCUGAGACAUGGGUUUUUUGGGUCUAUGCAAGUAAUACAGCGCGCUUCGAGCAAAGCUACCGGGAGAUUGCCAGCCGAGCUAAAAUCACUGGCCGUGACGAUCCACAGGCCAGUAUAUUCAAGCUCGUCUGUGACUGGCUUCAAGAUGCAAAAAACAAAAAUUGGGUUUUGAUUCUUGAUAACGUUGACGACAAUGAGAUUCUACAUGCACCUAUACCGAUCAAACCGGAACAACAGGCGGAUAAUGGGAAUGGCACUUUUAAGCAGCCACUCUCAGCCUUUAUCCCUCAGUGCCAGCAUGGCUUGAUCAUCAUGACAACUCGAAGCAGGAGUGUGGCAUCAAGAAUGGUUGAUGACAGCGACAUCAUCACUGUCAACCCGAUGGAUGAGUCACAAGCAUCGGCUCUCAUGGAGAAGAAGCUCGGAAUGCAUGCAAACAGAGAGGAUAUCUUGAAGCUCACAGAAGCACUUGAGUUUCUGCCUCUAGCGAUCGUGCAAGCGGCAGCGUACAUAAAGUGUCGAGCGCCCCGAUGUUCCAUACCUCAGUAUCUUGAAAAUCUCCAAGGAAACGACCAUAAAACGGCAAGGCUUCUGAAUCACGAGGCGGGCCACCGUCGACGGGACUGGGAAGCAAAGAAUUCUAUCCUGAUCACUUGGCAACUAUCGUUCGAUUAUAUCCGGAAAACGAGACCGUCGGCGGCAGAUCUUCUUUCCCUCAUGAGCUUUUUUGAUCGGCAGGGAAUUCCGGAAGAUUUACUCCAUGAUGCAAAGAUCCAAAGAGAUUUUAGUGAUAGCGACGAUGAGGAUAUCACUGAUUGUGAUUCUGAUGACGGGUUUGAAGAUGAUAUUAUGACCUUGAGAGAUUACUCGUUUAUCUCUACGAGCCAGGAUGCCAAGACCUUUGAAAUGCACAGACUGGUGCAGCUUUCCACGCGGACGUGGCUUGAGACCUCUGGACAGAUUGAGCGCUGGAGGGAGCAGUUCAUCAAAACACUUUACCGCGAAUUUCCUUCUGCCGAAUAUGAGAACUGGGGAAAAUGCCAAUUGCUUUUCUCACACGUCAAGUCGGCGAUGUUACAACGACCCAAUUCAGAGGAGUCCCUACAAGAAUGGAUUUCGCUUCUCAACGAGGGAGUAUCAUAUGCGCUAAAUAGAGGAAAUGUGAUUGACACAGAGUCUAUGGCAGUAAAAGCGAUGAAAGCCUGUAAAAGGAUUUUUGGCGCGGAGCAUCCUGACACUCUCACGAGCAUGGGCAACCUAGCGGCAACGUUCUGGAAACUGGGCCGAUUUACGGAAGCUGAGACGCUAGGGGAACAGGUGCUAGGCUCUCGCAAAAGGGUUUUUGGCGAUGACCAUCCUGAUACUCUCACAAGCAUGAGCAACCUAGCGUCAACACUAUCGAAUUUGGGCCGAUUUCCAGAAGCUGAGGCGCUACACGUACAGGUGGUAGAGGCUCACAAGAGGAUGCUUGGCGAGGACCAUCCUGACACUCUUAAGGGUAUGGGCAACCUAGCGUUUGCAUUCUCGAGCCUAGGCCGAUUUCGUGAAGCUGAGGUGCUGCUGGUACAGGUGGUGGAAGCUUAUAGAAAGGUUCUUGGCGAGGAGCCCCCUGACACCCUAAACACUAUGAAUAACCUAGCGUUUACAUUCUCGAGCCUGGGCCGAUUUCCAGAAGCUGAGGCACUGCAGAUACAGGUGCUGGAGACUCGAAGGAGGGUGCUUGGCGAGGAGCAUCCUAACACCCUGAACACUAUGAACAACAUAGCGGUUACAUUCUCGAGCCUGGGCCGAUUUCCAGAAGCUGAGGCGCUAGAGGUACAGGUGGUGGAGAUUCGCAAGAGGGUGCUUGGCGAGGACCAUCCUGACACUCUCACGAGCAUAGGCAACCUAGCGUCAAUAUUAAAGGAUCUAGGCCGAUUACAGGAAGCAGAGACGCUGCAGGUACAGGUGCUAGAGACUCAUAAGAGGGUGCUUGGCGUGGAGCAUCCUGACACUCUCACGAGCAUGGGCAACCUAGCGCCAAUAUUCCGGGGGCUAGGCCGACUGCUGGAGGCUGAGGCGCUAGAGGUACAGGUGGUGGACUCUCGCAAAAGGGUGCUUGGCGAGGACCACCCUCACACUCUUCUAGGCAUGGGCAACCUAGCGUCAACAUUGUCGAAAUUGGGCCGAUUACAGGAAGCUCAGGCGCUACACGUACAGGUGGAGGAGGCUCGCAAGAGGGUGCUUAGCGAGGACCAUCCUGAUGCACUGAAUAGCAUGGCCGAUCUUGCUCUCACUGAAAACUCUUAA